GAAAAUCUUUCCAAACUUCAGGAGCAGAAUCAAGACCAUCCGUGAUCAUACCCACCAAUACGAAGCAUCAUGAGUGCACAAAGCUCAGUCGUGCAAGGGCUCCAGGCGCAGCAGCCAACUGGCGCUAAGAUAACGCCCAAAGUCCUGCUUAUCGCUAUGUUCUACGAAGAAUCGAGGAAUUGGCUUUCUCCUGAUAGUGCUCUUCAGUUCUCUCGUACAGUGCGCGUUCCGGGCUUGGCUAGGGGCUACGAAGAUAUCCAUGUCACAGAGAAUGGCGAAGUCGCACUUUUGGUAGUCGGAACUGCCCUUAUCAACGCGUCUUUAUCGAUCAGUGCUCUCCUGGCAUCGCCGCUCUUCGACCUCGCAAAGUCAUACUUCUUAUUAACCGGCAUUGCAGGCGUUAAUCCCAAGCGAGCUACUAUUGGCUCUGUCGCCUUUGCCAAGUUCGCCAUUCAGGUUGAUACGCAGCUUGAGUUUGAUGCGAGAGAAGUCCCGGAGGAAUGGGGAUCAGGGUAUGUUCCUAUGGGAGCAGACAGGCCUGACCAGUUUCCUGGUAUUGUGCAUGGCUCUGAGGUGUUUGAGCUUAAUGCAGACUUGAGAGACUACGCUCUUUCCGUUGCCAAGACUGUUGAGCUUACAGACUCACCCAAAGCUGCUGAACAUCGAGCUUUGUGGAAGGACUCUUCUGGUGGUGUUUUUGACGCAGCGGCUCAGGAUCCAACUGUUCUUGAGGGAGAUGUUCUGUCUUCCAAUACCUUCUGGCAUGGUCAUCGAAUCUCUGAAGCUAUGGAGAAGGUUGCAAGAGUCUAUACUUCAGGACAUGGAGAGUACACAAUGACAGCUCAGGAGGAUAAUGCCCUUCUGGCUGGUCUCUUGAACGCAGCACUUCAAGGGAAGGCUGACUUUUCGCGAAUCCUCCUGAUUCGAUCUGCUUCAAACUUCGAUCGAGGACAUGAGGAUAAGCCCCAUCAACUUCCUUUCGUUAUGGACAAAGGUGGCUUGGGGCCAUCUACUCGCAAUCUCUAUCUUACUGCUCUCAAGGUAAUUGAGGGGAUCUUGGAGGAGUGGUCCACCAGAUUCGAGGCUGGCGUCCCUGCCCAGAAUUAUAUCGGUGAUAUCUUUGGCUCACUUGGUGGAACACCUGGUUUUGGUGAUAAGCAAAAUGUUGAGCAGAUAAGAUCCCACUAAAGAUGACUAUGGACUUACUUCCGAUCCUAGAGUUGAGGCAGCCAAUUGGCGCUUAAGGCUAAUAAAUAUACAAAUGGGGAUAUAAAUGACAAUGGAAUGAG